GGGAGCAGCUGAGGAAGCUGGGACUGUUCAGUCUGGAGGAGGCUCAGGGAAAACCUUAUUGCACUUUACAAAUCCCUGAAAGGUUGUGGUGAGGUGGGGGUCAGCCUCUACUCUCAGUGAUAGGACAAGAGGAAAUGGCCUUAAGUUUCAGAUAUCAGGAUCAAUUUCUUCUCCAAAAAAAGUGGUGAGGUACUGGCACAGUAUGCCCAGGGAGGUAGAAUCAUCGUCCCCGGAGGUGUUCAGAAGACAUCUAGAUGUGGCACAGACGGUUGGACCAGAUGAUCUUCGUGGUCUUUCCAUUCUUAACGAUGCUGUGAUCCUACCAUCCUACGGUGCCGGCCGGCCGGACAGACCGGCAGGGCUUCAGCCCCGGCCGCCGCGUCGGGGCGCGGGCAGGGCUCGGCACCGCCGGGCAGGUGGCGGAGCAGAUCGAGGAGCGGAGCGCAGCGCCCUGCCCGGCUCCAGCUCCCCGCCUCCGUCCCGCGCUGCCGGUGGCGGGGCGUGUGAGGAGAGGGGGUGGGGGGAAGGGAGGGGGUCCCUGCCGGCCUCUAUAUAAGCGGCCGCAAUGGCUUUGCCGGCAGAGCCGAGCGGCGCGGCGGGUCGGCGGCCGGGACCAUGGAGACGGGCGGCGGGCAGGGCCUGCCCGUCCUGCUGCUGCUGCUCCCGCUCCUCCUCCGGCCGUGCGAGGUGAGCGGACGGGAGGCGGCGUGCCCCCGGCCCUGCGGCGGGCGCUGCCCCGCGGAGCCGCCGCGCUGCGCCCCCGGAGUGGCCGCCGUGCUGGACGGCUGCGGCUGCUGCCUGGUGUGCGCCCGGCAGCGCGGCGAGAGCUGCUCCGCUCUGCUGCCCUGCGACGAGAGCGGCGGCCUCUACUGCGACCGCGGCCCCGAGGACGGCGGCGGCACCGGCAUCUGCAUGGUGCUGGAAGGAGACAACUGCGUGUUCGACGGGAUGAUUUACCGCAACGGGGAGACGUUCCAGCCCAGCUGCAAGUACCAGUGCACCUGCCGGGACGGGCAGAUCGGGUGCCUGCCCCGCUGCAACCUGGGCCUGCUGCUCCCCGGCCCCGACUGCCCCUUCCCCAGGAAGAUCGAAGUCCCCGGAGAGUGCUGCGAGAAGUGGGUCUGUGACCCCAGGGACGAAGUGCUCCUGGGAGGCUUCGCUAUGGCUGCAUACAGACAGGAGGCCACACUUGGGAUAGACGUGUCUGAUUCAAGUGCCAAUUGUAUUGAACAGACAACAGAAUGGAGUGCUUGUUCCAAAAGCUGUGGAAUGGGCUUUUCUACCCGUGUUACCAACAGAAAUCAGCAGUGUGAGAUGGUGAAGCAGACGCGACUUUGCAUGAUGAGACCUUGUGAAAAUGAAGAGCCAUCUGAUAAGAAAGGGAAAAAAUGUGUCCGAACAAAGAAGUCCAUGAAAGCUGUUCAUUUUGAAUACAAGAACUGCACCAGUGUGCAGACUUACAAACCUCGUUACUGUGGCCUCUGCAGUGAUGGGCGAUGCUGUACCCCACACAACACCAAAACGAUUCAAGUUGAGUUCCGCUGUCCUCAGGGAAAAUUCCUAAAAAAGCCAAUGAUGUUGAUCAAUACCUGUGUCUGUCAUGGUAACUGUCCUCAGAGUAACAAUGCUUUCUUCCAGCCGCUAGAUCCCAUGUCUAGUGAAGCAAAAAUUUGAAAUGUAUAGGUUAGGUGACCCAAAAGGUAUGUAGUUUGUACAAAACUUGACCCACAAUCAGGUGAAUGUAAUAAUUGCAUAUGUAAAAUAUCUGAGAUUUUUUCUAAACAGUGUAAGUGCCUUUUUUUUCCUGUAGUUUACUAAAUACCUCAUGACGUUUCACCCCUUCAAAUGUCUUUUAUUCACUUGAAGGAAAUUUUGUACCUUGGACAGAGCCUUCUUUUCUUUCUUGACAGUGGCAUAAUGAUUAUAAAGUCCACAGCUAGUCUUUCUCUCUGAGGGUAGGCGACCAUGCCAUGAUUUUCAGUAGCCGUAAGACUGGGCUUUUUAAUAAUGGAUUCCUUGGGGAAUGCAUGAUAAUAUGUCAAAAAGCUUCCAUGCUCUUCACUUCACUUUGCACAACGUGUACAAACACACAGCCUUCUUUUUUCUGUUACAGUUAAAUUCUUUCUGAUAAUUAAAAAUGUUACUGAUGAGAGCGCUGCAUUCUCUUGGCUUGUAAAGUAUCUUUUGUCUGUACCUCUUGACUUUUUCUGAGAGAUUAGUUUGCACAUAGCCUCAGAAAUGACAUAGCUAAGAUCUCGUAUCUUGAAGCAUAGGAGAUUGAUAGCUGAUAACAAAUUUCUCUUUCAUAGCUUUAUUAGCAGCCUAAUCCAAAAUCCGCUUAAGUAAGUGUCUUAGGAGAGCUUGGUUCUAACCAAUGUCUGUCUGUAGAUAUAAGUAGGUGUAUGCAAAAAUAAAAUUUCUGUAAAUUCCUUUAAAAUACUAACUGUAUCAGAUGGUGCUUCACUUACUAGAAAGAAGUUUAUGUAAAUAGAAACUGUAUAUAUUGUAAUAUAGCUGUAUUAGGUAAAUAAACUUUAUGUGAUCAAAAAG